AUGGCCGCUUCGGAUAAACUUGGUCUUGGACUUGACGAUAUCAUUCGAUUAGAUCGUACAACAAAUCGACGUGGUGGUGGUGGUGGUGGUGGUGGUGGUCGUGGUGGUGGAAAUCGAGCAUUUCAAGGACGUACUGGUCGAGGAGGUGCUAAUGGAUUUCGAGCUCGUGGUGGUGCUGGAAUACCUCGAACAUCAAAUCCAUCAGCAAUAGGUCGUUGGAAACAUGACCUUUAUGAUGAUAAUACAAAUCGAAAUCGAGAAAUACCAAGAAAUACUGGUGUGAAUAGUACAACGAAAUUGCUUAUUUCAAAUCUUGAUUUUGGUGUAACUACAAAUGAUAUUAAAGAAUUAUUUGAAGAUAUAGGAGCUGUACGUGCAGCUCGUGUACAUUUUGAUGAAAGUGGCCGAUCUUUAGGCACAGCUGAAGUUGUCUAUGAACGUCGUGCAGAUGGUAUUACUGCUCAACAAAAAUAUAAUAGCCUUAAUCUUGAUGGUCGUCCAAUGGACAUCAAACUUGUCGGUAGUGUCGACGAUGGAUCUAAAUCACGAUUAAGUCGUUUUUCAUUAGCUAAUGUAGGUAAUAAUAGAACACAACGGCCUGGUAUUCGUAAUACUAAUCAACAAAAUUAUGUUGGCGGAAAUCGAACACGUGGUGGUAAACAACAACAAAAUGGUACUAGUAGAAAGAAAGAAGAAAUUACAGCUGACGAUCUUGAUGCUGAACUUGAUGCAUAUCGUGCUGAAAGUAAACAAAAAAACUAA